UUGAGUGAAGGCAGCUUUCAUAACUCAGGUCAGAGCAGAGACACAACACAGAGAGCCUGGACUCCACUGCUUCCAGUGCAGAAUACUUCUCUUAUUUCACUCUCAACAAUGCAGGAUCCUGGAGACUCUGAAUUUUGGACUCCUAGCCCAGAGGACUAUGAUUACCUGAAUGACACAGACUAUGCAUGUAAUGAUAGUGAAUGGGACCUGUCAUACUCCUUACUACCUGUAUUCUACAUGUUGGUCUUUGUGCUAGGACUGUCUGGAAAUGGGGUUGUCAUUUUCACAGUAUGGAAGGCUAAGCCCAAGAGGAGAUCUGCAGACACCUAUAUAGGUAACCUUGCCCUUGCUGACCUGGCUUUUGUUGUUACCUUACCUCUGUGGGCAACCUACACCGCUCUUGGCUUCCACUGGCCCUUCGGUUCUGCACUGUGCAAGAUCAGCAGCUACCUUGUAUUGCUGAAUAUGUUUUCCAGUGUUUUCUGUCUCACCUGUCUUAGUUUUGACAGGUACUUAGCCAUUGUUCACUCACUGUCCAGUGCCAACCUGCGCUCCCGCUCAACUAUGUUGAUAUCCUUAGCAGUAAUAUGGCUCCUUUCAGGGUUACUGGCUCUGCCAAGUCUGAUUCUCCGUGAUACACGUGUUGAAGACAACCACACCCUAUGUGACCUGGACUUUACUGGGCUCUCCAGCAAGGAGAAUGAAAACCUCUGGAUUGCAGGUCUCAGCAUUCUCACCACAGUGCCAGGCUUCGUUCUUCCACUGCUCCUCAUGACCAUAUUCUACUGUUUCAUUGGAGGAAAGGUUACUAUGCAUUUCCAGAACCUUAAGAAGGAAGAACAGAAGAAGAGGAGGCUUCUAAAGAUCAUCAUCACACUUGUGGUUGUGUUUGCUAUUUGCUGGCUGCCAUUUCAUAUUGUCAAAACAAUCCACUUCCUUGGCCUUGUGGGUGUUUUGGACCUCACCUGCUCCGUUCACUACUUGAUUGUCAGCCUGUAUCCCUACGCCACGUGCCUGGCAUACGUCAACAGCUGCCUCAACCCUUUUCUCUAUGCAUUUUUUGAUCUUAGGUUUCGCUCCCAAUGUUUUUUUUUUUUCGGACUUAAUAAAACCCUCCAUGGGCAAAUCAGCAACACCUCCUCCAGCCUGAGUGCCCAGACACAGAAAUCUGAAAUCCACCCUUUGGCAACUAAAGUGUAAUUAGGGAAGGGACACAGGAUGGACAAGGGAGAGAGGGAUGCUGUGCUUCAGACUGUGGGGCUCAUGAACUUUAUCUCUCACAGCUGGAAGGAGAAAGGCAUCUGCUGAUAACAGAAAGGUCUUCUGGAUUUUGCAUUACAGCCUGAAAGAUUUGAUUGGUGACUGUCUUUGCUCAUAAAAUAACAUAAAGCAUUGUCUAAAGGGCACCAAAGUCUUGCUCGAUCUCUCUCCUCGAGAGCUGGCAGGAUGGAGCAAGACUCGUUAUUUCUUGGGUCCGUUUAGGCUGCUAAUAUAUCCACUUCGAUGACAAUAACUAGCAAUGUCAUAUGAAAAUUGUUUAACACAUAUUACUCUCUCCAUUAUUACUUAGUGAUUUUAAUUUUAAAUCUGUAUAUAUUUGGCUUGUUAAAGCACUUGCAUAACAUUACAGAGCUUCUAUCUAACACACUGGCUAAUGGCAAUUUUGGGAUGUCCUAAUUAAGUUGAUUAAUUGUAUAAUGCUUAUCCUGAAGUGUCUUCCAAUGUUUUAGCCACGCUGUGAGAGAGGAGGUGGACACUUAGUGGGCUGAUAAACGGGUAGCAAUUCCUUGUAGAACAAUGUGUUGCUGUUCUCUCCAUUAACAUGUUAAGCCUGUCUUGCUCUAGUAUAUGUAUAGAUGUAUGUAUUGUAUAUAAAGAAAUAUAACGUAUCUCCUCGGAGAGGGGCAUUCUUUUAAAAUGUUUGAUAUACUUUUGUAGUAUGAUGCAAUAAAAUCUUUGAACUUAGCAAAAA